UAAGAGUUACCCUCUUUCUGGAGAGAGCAGCCAUCAAGCUUUGCUUCUAAGGGGCAAGAAGAAGACAAGCACAGCCUAUGAGCAAAUGCUAGCAGAGCCUCCCCUCCCCCAGGAGGCCAGGAAGAGGGUAGUAGGAGGGGCGGUGUGAUUACAUUCAUGGAAAUGAGCCUGCUAGGAGAGGAGCCGCACACGAGUGUCAGCUGCUGCUGCAGCUCCGUGCAUCCGUCCCCAUCCCCGGGGCUGCGCCAGCCUUCCCUACCAGGCUCUGCUCACUCCCGCCCGCUGUUUGGCCAUUCGGCUUUUGUCUCCUCUGGACGCCUCCUCCCCUGCCCUUGUGUGCUGGCACACAAAUGCUGUCCUUGCUCCAGCUCUCCCUGCACCCAGAGCUGGGAGAGCUCCGGGGAGCCUGGGCCUGUGGGAUUGCUAUACAGAUCCACCAUGGCCUCUGACAUGGAGAACCGAGGACCAGCUGAGUCUUUGAUGUUGCUGCCCAGGGCUUGACAGGACACUGGGGCCACAGAAGAGGGGACACGCUGCUGUUCCCAGUGACCUGACUGCAGAAGAGCGUCAAGAACUGGAGAACAUCCGGCGGAGGAAGCAGGAGCUGCUGGCUGAUAUUCAGAGGCUGAAGGACGAGAUAGCAGAAGUUGCUAAUGAAAUUGAAAGCCUGGGAUCCACAGAGGAAAGGAAAAACAUGCAGAGGAACAAACAGGUAGCCAUGGGCAGGAAGAAAUUUAACAUGGAUCCUAAAAAGGGGAUCCAGUUCUUAAUAGAGAAUGACCUGCUGAAGAACACUUGUGAAGAUAUUGCCCAGUUCUUAUACAAAGGGGAAGGGCUCAACAAAACAGCCAUUGGUGACUACCUUGGGGAGAGAGAUGAGUUCAGCAUCCAGGUCCUGCAUGCCUUUGUAGAGCUGCAUGAGUUCACUGACCUGAACCUCGUCCAGGCCUUGCGGCAGUUCCUAUGGAGCUUCCGGCUCCCUGGAGAGGCCCAGAAGAUUGACCGGAUGAUGGAGGCCUUUGCCCAGCGGUACUGUCAGUGCAAUAAUGGGGUGUUCCAGUCCACAGACACUUGCUACGUCCUCUCCUUUGCCAUCAUAAUGCUGAAUACCAGCCUACACAACCCCAAUGUCAAAGACAAGCCUACAGUGGAGAGGUUCAUUGCCAUGAAUCGGGGCAUCAAUGAUGGAGGAGACCUGCCUGAGGAGUUGCUCCGGAACCUCUAUGAGAGCAUAAAAAACGAGCCCUUUAAGAUCCCAGAAGAUGAUGGCAAUGACCUCACUCACACUUUCUUCAAUCCAGACCGAGAAGGCUGGCUGCUGAAACUCGGAGGUGGCAGGGUGAAGACCUGGAAGAGGCGCUGGUUCAUUCUGACUGACAACUGCCUUUACUACUUUGAGUACACCACGGAUAAAGAGCCCCGUGGGAUCAUCCCCUUAGAAAAUCUGAGUAUCCGAGAGGUAGAAGACUCCAAAAAGCCGAACUGCUUUGAGCUUUAUAUCCCUGACAACAAAGACCAGGUGAUCAAGGCCUGUAAGACGGAGGCCGAUGGCCGCGUGGUGGAAGGGAACCACACCGUGUACCGCAUCUCAGCCCCGACCCCCGAGGAGAAGGAGGAGUGGAUCAAGUGCAUCAAGGCUGCCAUCAGCAGAGACCCUUUCUACGAGAUGCUAGCAGCACGGAAAAAGAAGGUCUCGUCCACGAAGAGACACUGAGCGUGCACCAGGGCGCGGCAGCCCCCUGAGCUGGCCCUUUCUCCCGCCUCCCCUGGAGGGGCGCAGCGGAGCCAAGCGAGGAGAGCAGAGGGCCCCUCUGCCAGUUCCUGCCCGCUCCUAAAGACUAGCUUCAGCUUUUGCAGUUUUCUAAGUGGGAGAAGGGUGGGCGGUGAGGGCUGGGGCUGCUGCCGCCCCCCGUGGCUCCAGCCGCUCUCAGAAGCGCUGCCAGCAGCAGAGCAGUGCCACGGUCCCAGGCCUCAGCUCCGCAGACCGAUGGCACGGCAGAGAGCUCUCUCUUUACCUCGCAGUGUUCCUGGCCAAGGGCCUUCACCUCUGCUCCACAAAUGCCUGUGAGGAUGUACUUUAUGGACUGAGGAGAAAGGAGGAAAGGAAAAGAAGCCACGCACUAGAAAGAUUUAUUUUUGUUUUUGUAAAGCAAACAUGAACGUAGCACUGUACUCUGCCCUCCUGUGUGCCCUGCUUGGGAAGCUUCCCCUAGUAGGGGCUCUGGGGCUGCUGGCAUCCCAGGAGCUGCUGCCUCAUGACCUAUGUGGGCAAGAGGGGCAAAAGCGGGCAGCUGGCAGGGCCCAGCAGCCACAGGGAGGCCCCCAGGGCCCCAGCAGGGCAGCAGGCAGGCAGUCUGGGCAGCUCCUGCCCAGUGCCUAUGGGGUGGGGUGAAGGUAACUAGCUCCUUGCCUGGCCUCAGUACCCAGGCCCACUGCGCUUUAAAGUGGGAGUCUGCAUUUUCCUAGUAACCAAAACUGUGAGGAGGCCACCCGUGGUCCCGGGUGGCCGACGACUGUUUCAUAGCUGGUUUUUCUUUCUCCUCCCCAAGGACUCCACUCCUCGUUCUAGAGGAAGGAGUAGGUUUUACCUGAUCCCCUUGGGGCUCCAGUCUUUUCUGCCUCAAAAGUAUCCCCAACUGGACUAUUCUGGUGCACUCUGUGGUAGCCUCCAGGAGCAGGGUCCUCGCUCAGCAGCGUGCAGUGCAGUCAGGCAAGGGUGAGGUGGCCUUUCUGUCCCCUCCCCCCAUGGCAUGCCACGGCACAUGUGUGAGUUGGCCCUGGUCUCCUGACUCAGUGUGAAGGGAGCCAUGAAGCCUAGCAUCUCCUGCCGUUCUCUCAGGGACUCUCAAGGGCGGCUCCUGCUCCUUGGCCAGGGCCAGCGUGCCAGUCCAGGCAGAGCAGGUGGCACACUCCUCCGUGUGGCCAAGGCCUCGGUGGCAGAAUGCUGCCUCCAGGCAGGUGGAGGAGCCAUGGGCCCCCUCUAGGCGGUGUGAGCUCGGCUCCUCCAAUCUCAGAAGGAGGUCAGCACCUCUGGAAAUAGCUUUGCAGAGAAGGGUGAGUCUGGGGACAGCACUCUGGCCCCCUUCCUGUGGAUCCGGCCUCGAGUGGCUUCAGGUGCUUGAUGCUGGCGUGUGUGAAGGAGACAGUGACAGAGGAGGGUCCAGGCUGGAAAACUGAGCCUCCUGGUAGAGAACCAGGCAGUGCCAGCCAGGUUGGGGGGGGGUUGGGCCAGGGUCAGAGCCUCUCCUGCACACUGGUUCUCACAGGUGUGUCCUGGGCAGACCAGCACCUGGAUCAGUAUCAGUCUAUUUAUCAGAGGUGUAAAUAAUUCAUACAUAGUUUUUCUCCUUUUAGAUUAUUUUGUAUUUGUUUAAAAAAAGAUUUGUCAAAAUACAAAGAAAUGACUGAAAGUUGUUGACAGGGUUUUUUAAAAAUAUUAUUAUUAUUCCAAUUGUUUUUUGUUUGUCUUUGCCUUGUAAACUAGCUCCAAGGAACUGCAGCAAAUAAACUCCAAAUGUGCCCAAAGCA